CCACCAUUCCUCAAAUGCGCUCAGAGCAUUUCAAGCAAUGUCACGUGAAGGACCUGGCCUACUGCUUGAAUGAUGGAGAAUGCUUUGUCAUCGAGACGCUGAGUGGCCCACACAAACAUUGCAGGUGUAAAGAAGGCUACCAAGGUAUACGCUGCGACCAGUUCCUGCCGAAGACCGACUCCAUCUUAUCUGAUCCGACAGAUCACUUGGGCAUUGAGUUUAUGGAGAGCAAGGAGGUGUACAAGAGACAAGUGCUGUCAAUCACCUGCAUCACCGUGGGGAUCAGUGUUCUGGGCAUUCUCUGUAUGGCUCUCUACUGUCGGAACAAGAGACGCAGAGAAAAACUCCAGGCCCACUUGAAAGAGAGUUGCAGCCUCAAAAACUACAGCGGCAACGCCUCUGCUUUGGAGUUGUCCAAAUCGAGCCUGAGGCCUGACAUGGGCCUGCAGCUGCAGAAUUAUUGUAAGAGGUCCUCCCAGCCACAUGAGGGAGCUGUUUGCAAGUCCAGCUUUUCCCAGUGCAACGCCACUCCUACCGACGACUCCAGAGGUCCAGACACAGGAAAACAUUACAGAAGCAGCUCCCUGUCUCAUAGUCCAGACCAGAUAAGUAAAGCCACCCAUUGGUCAGUACCUCGUAAAACUCUGCCCAUACCCAGAGGAAGACGAAAUCCAAUUGGAGGAUCCAAACAUUCUGGCCCCGCCUACCAACACCUCCAGGAAUUGGAGUCCUCUGAGAGGGAAGUUGAAUUGUUGAAAGGGUACCAGAUUGUGGGGGCUGGGAGCGACCCGCGACAGGAUGCCUUUCUAAAUAUGCAACCACCCAUGUUGAUUGAGCGGUCAUGGGAGAGCAGGGUGGAGGUGCGCUGCAGUCUUCUGGACCAGGUCCAGGACCAUGAUAUCUCCACUUCGACCAGGAACCUCAGGUGCCCAAGACAUCCCAGCCUCUCAUCACCUCCUCCAUUUCAGACCAGCUCCAUCCCCAUCAUCCCUUCGGUCCAGGGCAACCAGGAUGAGGUCUCCUGUUUGCAAACGGCCACCACAGGCUCAGCCACCUGCAGCGCCACGCCCAGUAUGGAAGUAGGAGGAGGAUGCUCCCUCAUCACGCUGCACCACGCCUCCACCUCCUGCACCUCCUCUACAGGGGGCCAGCAGCAGAAUGAGAUGGCCCUUAUCCUGGAGGAGGCCCAGGAGAAUCUCAGGGCUCUGGCCAACAGGAAGCAGGAAGAAAGCGGCAGCUUUUCCCCUUCACCGCCCAGAGAGACUGUGUGCUUCCUGACACUCAAUGGUGGAGGAGUGAGGGGUGUGAGCCCAAAUGGACCUAUUGAGACCCAGUUACUGAGCCCUAGAGAACCCCACACAGACUCAACUCAGCCCUGCCAAUGAGACUGUCUAAGCCCUAACGUCCUGUCUGGAUCUACAGUAAAACCACCCUGGUGUCUUGAAAUCCAGACUGCAGAGACUUCUUCAUCAGAGGGAUGAGAUGAAACUCAAUAGUGAAAAAAUAUAAUGAAAAAAAACAAUGUGCAUACUGUAUGGAAAAAUGAACAGAGGGAUGGUCUAUGAAGUUAUGAAGAGAGCAAUUAUGUAUAUGCAUUUAUUUAAUGCUUCUUCUUCGACAAAAUAAACCAAAUAGUCUGUCA